AUGGCUGACCGCGAAUUCACAGGUCCCAGGUCGUUGCUCUCGGCCUUGUCCGGUCGUACACGCACCUCGUCCAAGAAGGAGACGGGCACGUCUUCGAGCAAGGCACCACACACCUCGAGCAAGUCCUCCACUGCCACCAAGUCCAGCCGUCGUCAUCGCUUCGACGACAAGUCGGGACCUCCUCCACCGCGCGGCUCGCUCACCCCCGAGAAGCUCUCCUACCUCGACUGGCGUCUGAAGCGUAUCAACCACGUGCGUCAAAAGUCCGAGAACUCGUCCUUGUGUUGGUACGAUGGGCGGGACACGAUCGGGCGCAACUCGAUCGACGUCAGUUCGUCGUCCCGUAUCGACGUCGUGGUGCAGGAGCGCAUCGUACCGGCGCCAGCGCCAACGUCGAAGCCCAAACGGAGGGUGCCGAGCAGCAUGGCGUACUAUGCCGACGAAAAGGCGGCCGGUCUCGAGGCGCUCGAGCAUGCCUACUCCGACAGCGUGUUUGCCAACCUGCCCCGUCUCUCCAAGGGCGAUUCCUGCUCAGGAUCCGACAUGUCCGGCUCGUCUGAUCAGCACGCCGCGCAUCUGCCACCGGUUGUGCUCCAUGCUGUAUCGGACAAGGACGUCGGCGGUCAGUACUUCGCCAAGCCCAAAAAGUCGCUCUUUGCCCGUGCCGGCUUCAACAAGAAGAAGACGGUCGAAGACACCGAGGCGUCCAUGCGCAACAGCGGCCCCAUCGCUCGCAUCUGGGGUCGCUGA